AUGAGUGCACAAGGACAAACACAAGUUCAUGGGAUUGAUGAAGCGGUUCUGGAUGACAUUAUCCACCGACUCACUGAGGUCCGAUUGUCCCGACCCGGAAAGCAAGUUCAGCUCUCUGAGGAUGAGAUCAAGCAACUUUGUCUUGCUUCUAGAGAUAUCUUCCUUCAACAACCUAAUUUGCUUGAACUUGAAGCCCCUAUCAAGAUUUGUGGUACUUACAUACUUACCCCAUUUUGA